GAGCUGUGUUAAUUAGUGCUGACGCUUUUUAAAAAUAUGGAGAAAUUAAAAAAUGCUUCUUCUGAUUUGUCACUGAAAAUGUUUGAUAAUUUCCUCUCCUCUUUCUAAUAAGGUCAUAGUGAGUGUGAUUGGCCGCUGUGGGGAAUCUCUCUCUCUCUCUCUCUCUCUCUCUCUCUCUCUCUCUCUCUCUCUCUUGAGUCUUAUCUGGCUGAGUAGAGGUGAAGCUUGUUCUGCUGCUGAGUUGAGCAGUGUGUGUGCAAGAGAUGGACAUCCCAGUUCUACUCAUUUUUCUAUUGACCACGGUCACUCUCGUCACAUCUGGCAGUGUGAGGUUGGUGGAUGGUGGAAGUCGCUGUGCUGGGAGAGUGGAGGUUCUUCAUAGAGGACAGUGGGGAACAGUGUGUGAUGAUUACUGGGAUAUGAGAGAUGCUGCAGUGGUGUGUAGAGAGCUGGGCUGUGGGGAAGCCAUAGAUGCACCACGGAGAGCUCGAUUUGGAUCAGGAUCAGGACCGAUCUGGGUGGAAUAUGCUAACUGUGCUGGAUCAGAGUCUUCACUGAAGAACUGUAGGUCUUAUGAUUGGGGUAGACAGAGAUGUAAUCAUGAUGAAGACGCUGGUGCUGUUUGUGCAGAAGUCAGACUGGUGGGCAGAUCUCACUGUUCUGGAAGAGUGGAGGUUCUUCAUGGAGAGAGCUGGGUCACAGUGUGUGAUGCUGACUUUAACCAGCAGGGUGCAGAGGUUGUGUGUCGAGAGCUGGGCUGUGGUUCUCCUGUGGAGGUUCUGGGAGCAGCUGCUUUUGGUAGAGGGAAGGGUCAGGUGUGGUCAGAGGAGCUUCAGUGUAGAGGAAACGAAUCACAGAUUCACUUCUGUCCAAAAUCAUCUUCACUCAAACACAACUGCUCCCAUGAUAAUGAUGUGGGACUGGUGUGUGCUGACAGUGUGAGGUUGGUGGAUGGUGGCCAUCGCUGUGCUGGGAGAGUGGAGGUUUUUUAUAACAGAACAUGGAGAUCAGUGUGUGGUAAUAACUGGGAUAUAAGAGAUGCUGCAGUGGUGUGUAGAGAGCUGGGCUGUGGGGAGGCUGUAUUUAAAAAUGUUCAGUUUGGGCCAAGAUCAGCCUGGAUGGAUCAUGUGAACUGUAGUGGAUCAGAGUCUUCAGUGAAGCACUGUAGAUCAGCUGGAUGGGUGGAACAAAUUUGUAAUCGACUUGCUGGAGUCAUCUGUUCAGGGGUCAGAUUGGUGGGCAGAUCUCGCUGCUCUGGGAGAGUGGAGGUUCUUCAUGGAGAGAGCUGGGUCACAGUGUGUGAUGCUGACUUUGACCAGCAGGGUGCAGAGGUUGUGUGUCGAGAGCUGGGCUGUGGUUCUCCUGUGGAGGUUCUGGGAGCAGCUGCUUUUGGUAGAGGGGAGGGUCAGGUGUGGUCAGAGGAGCUUCAGUGUAGAGGAAACGAAUCUCAGAUUCACUUCUGUCCAAAAUCAUCUUCACUCAAACACAACUGCUCCCAUGAUAAUGAUGUGGGACUGGCAUGUUCUGAAAGUGUGAGGUUGGUGGAUGGUGGGAGUCGCUGUGCUGGGAGAGUGGAGGUUCUUCAUAAAGGACAGUGGGGAACAGUGUGUGAUGAUAACUGGGAUAUGAUAGAUGCUGCAGUGGUGUGUAGAGAGCUGGGCUGUGGAGAGGCUGUAGGUGCACUUAGUGGUGCUUAUUUUGGAUCAGGAUCAGGACCAAUCUGGAUGGAUAAUGUGGAGUGUAGAGAAUCAGAAUCCAUACUAAAGAACUGUAAAUCAGCAGGAUGGGGUAAACAUAACUGUAAUCAUCCUAAAGAUGCUGGAGUCAUCUGUUCAAGAGUCAGGCUGGUUGGAGGUUCUCACUGCUCUGGGAGAGUGGAGGUUCUUCAUGGAGAGAGCUGGGUCACAGUGUGUGAUGCUGACUUUAACCAGCAGGAUGGAGAGGUUGUGUGUCGAGAUCUGGGCUGUGGUUCUCUUGUGGAGGUUCUGGGAGCAGCUGCUUUUGGUAGAGGGGAGGGUCAGGUGUGGUCAGAGGAGCUUCAGUGUAGAGGAAACGAAUCUCAGAUUCACUUCUGUCCAAAAUCAUCUUCACUCAAACACAACUGCUCCCAUGAUAAUGAUGUGGGACUGGCAUGUUCUGGUGACAAGCGAAGACUUGUUGGUGGUCCUCACGCAUGCUCUGGGAGAGUAGAGAAGCUUCAUCGGAAUUCUUGGCUUCCAGUGUGUGAUGCUGACUUUAACCAGCAGGAUGCAGAGGUUGUGUGCAGCUGGGAGCUGGGCUGUGGUUCUCCUGUGGAGGUUCUGGGAGCAGCUGCUUUUGGUAGAGCAGAGGGUCAGAUGUGGUCAGAGGAGCUUCAGUGUAGAGGAAACGAAUCUCAUAUGUACCUCUGCCAGACAUCUCCUUCCUUGAAACCCAACUGCUCUCACAACAAGGAUGUGGGACUAAGAUGCUCUGGUCACACUCAGGCUCGGCUGAUGAACGGCUCAGAUUCCUGUUCUGGUCGAGUGGAGCUCCAGUACCUCAGUGAGUGGGGUACAGUGUGUGAUGUAAGCUGGGAUAUGAGAGCUGCCAGUGUCCUCUGUGCUCAGCUGAAGUGUGGGAGUUCUGUGGCUGUGUUGGGGUCAGACUGGUUUGGGGAGGGGAGUGGCCGGAUCUGGGCUGAUGUGUUUGAUUGUCAGGGAAACGAAACACACCUGUUAAAAUGUCCCAUUUCAUCAUGGAGUCGAACUGCAUGCUCUCAUAAACAGGAUGCUGGAGUUAUCUGUAGUGGUUCUUCUCUGGCGUCUCAUGAGGGAGGAGUGCGGUUGUCUGGAGGGAUGGAGUGUGAGGUGGAGGUGUUCUUCAGGCAGGACUGGAGGAGAGUUCUGCUGGACUCCUGGAGUGAGUCUGAGGUCUCUGUGGUCUGCAGACAGCUGGGCUGUGGUUCUGUACUCAACAUCUCCAGCUCCUCUUCAUCCAGUCCUGAACACAGCUACAUGUGUGUUUCGGGUUUCAACUGCUCUGGGAGUGAAGCUCAUCUGAGGAACUGCAGCAGCUCACAAGCAGUUAACUGCAGCUCCACAGAACAGAUCUACAUCACCUGCUCUGGUACAUCUAACACAGUCCACAGCUCCAUCAGGCUGGUUGGUUCUGGGGGAGACUGUGCAGGAAGGCUGGAGGUUUUCCACAGUGGAUCAUGGGGGACAGUGAGUGAUGAAUUGUGGGAUAUUGAGGAUGCGCAGGUGGUCUGCAGGCAGCUGCAGUGUGGAGUGGCCCUCAGUGCUCCAGUACCAGUACCAGCCCGGUUUGGAUCUGGAACUGGACCCAUUUGGCUGAAUGAGGUGGAGUGUGAGGGGAACGAGGCGUCUCUGUGGAACUGCAGAUAUCAGCUGUGUGGAGAGGAUGAAUGUGGACACAAGGAUGAUGUAGGAGUCGUGUGCUCAGAGUAUAAAGAGAUCAGACUGACUGAGGGCUGUGAGGGGAAUCUGGAGGUGUUCUAUAAUGGAACCUGGGGGAAUGUGUGUGUAAAUGGGAUGACUGAUGAAACGGCAAAAUUGAUCUGUCGAGAGCUGAACUGUGGAAGAACUGGCAGUGAGUCUUGGUCUAAAGCAAGAGUGGAAUCAGCUCCUAACUGGCUGGAUAAUGUAAAAUGUAGGAAACAUGACUCCACUCUGUGGCACUGUCCAUCUUCUUCCUGGGGGGAGAACAGGUGUGAUAAUCGCAAUGAGGUUGCUUGCAUUACCAGCUCAGAGAAUGGAAAUACACUAGAUUUGACAAAUUGGCUGUGUGAUUCAUCUCCUCAUGAGAGACCGUGCUCAAAGCACAUUCCUCUGAGGCUGAGGGGAGGAGUAGGAAGCUGUUCUGGAUGGCUGCAGGUGUAUCAUAAUAAAACAUGGUGGUCUGUAUGUGGUGAUCUCUGGGACAUCAGGGAUGCUCAGGUGAUCUGCAGGCAGCUGGGUUGUGGGCCGGCGCUGAGUGCUAAUAGAAGAGCUGCUGAUGGUUCUGGUGGAGGAACUAUCUGGAUGAACAGAGUGAAGUGUAGAGGGAAUGAGAUUCACCUGUGGGACUGUCCUCAUUCCCUGAAGAACCACACUGACUGCUCCCACAGUGCUGGAGUCACUUGUGGAGGCUUCCUGUAUCAUACUUUCCCUUUAAAUAAUAAAAGAGGACAGAUGGGACAUUUUGUCUUGCAAGAUUCUCAACCACAGACAAUAAGAAUCAUAAACUCCUCCACCAGCUGUUCCCUCCAUCUAUCCAGUGUCUCUCCUGGUUCUGGGAUCUGUGCUCUUCCUGGCCUUAGUGCUUAGUGCUGUUUUAUCAGAACAGAGUGCUCAGGAGAGUGAUCUCUAAGAGGAGGAAGACUUCAGCUGAGCCUGUCUAUGAGGAGAUUGACACCAGGCUCAUCCCUAAAAGAAUUACUGUCUCAACUGAAAGUAAAGCAGAUAAUGAGGAAAUGCAGUUAAGUUAUGAUGUCAUUUUUGCUGGACAAACACCUGACAGUGCAGCAGAGGAAGAACCAGAUAAUUACGAUGAUGUUAUUGUGGAACAAAACUCAAACAUUGUGAUGGGUCUGUAGAGUUAUGUAUGAGGUGGUGAGCUUCCUGAGGGCUUUGAGGAUAGUUAUCCUGGUGCGUGUCUUUCGUCUGGCCUCUCAGAAGAAAGAUCUGGAGAAGGUCACUAGAAGAAAGGUAUCUGAGAACAAAAGGCGGUAACAAAAAGGAUGGAUUUGAUUUGGAUCUCACCUAUGUCACAGGCACUCUACAGAAAUCCCAUAAAAGAAGCUGCCAUAUUUCUGGACACAAAGCAUCCUGAUCAUUACAGAGUUUACAAUCUCUGCAGUAAGUUAGAUCAUGAAAAACCUGGAAAAGUCAAGGAACUUGAAAAUAGUCAUUUUCAGGCCUGGAUAAGUUUUGGAAAAAAAAACAAAGUCAAAGUCAAAUUUACUCUUUGUGAUCUUUGUGUUUCCAUUUAUUGACUCUGUUUAUCGACUCCGUUUAUCGACUCUGUUUAUCGACUGAGAAAAGCUAUUUAAAAAAUAAUUUGAUAACUUGAUUGGAGUUUCAGAUGGAAUAUAACUGUAAAUUCACAGAGAAAAAUCUAGGUGUUUAGGCUGUAAUUAAGCUCUUGCUCUCUUCCACUCUUUGGGAAGCAUAUUGGUUAUAUAUGCAAGUAAAUUACCAGUAAUGGUGAAGGCAACAUUUAAACAGAUGCAUUUAAAAGCUGUUAAAAAAAUAAAGAAUCUACACAAUAUAGACACAACCUAAACAUAUUCCCUGACAGCCAGAUAUAUGCCAAAUUAGUUUAUUUAAAAAUUGAUUCUGUUCAAAGUUUUAAACAGAAGAUUCUAUAUCAUGUUUGAUGAAAGUGUGAAAUACUGUUUACAGGUUAAACAUUAGAAAUGUUUAUCAGUGUUUAAAAUGGGCCUGAGCUGAUUAAUACAUCAGUGCAGAGUGAAGUAAUUCAUUUUAUUAUUGAAGAUUGUGUCUUAGCAUUGCUUAAAUAAAUGUUUUUUUUUAAUUAUUUAAAUAUAUUUAAUGUAAAUAUAGGCCUACUAUAAUCAAUUUUGAUAUACAUUCUUGUCUACUCUGAUGUUUUAAACACGCUAUGGUCAUUAAAAUGUGCUGCGAAAGCAUAGAAAAGGCACAGAAAAUAAUUUAAAUUUAUAGGUUAACACUAUUUGUAAUCUACAUGUGUAUACAUAUUUUACCCUUGUUUUCUUUUUUUCCAGAGGGAAUUAUAAAAUAAGCUAAAGACUUUCAUGUUUACUACAACUUAAUUAUUAAUCAUGUACCAGUGUUUUAUAGCAAAUGUAACCAAAAAAUGUCCCACAUUAUAUGUCCCAGGUGUUAAUUUUUUGCAUUGUCAGCGAUACCAGACGCACAUUCACACACACAAUGGAAACAUGAAAAGCUAGACGUGCUAAUGAAACGUAAAAUACUACUGCUUUUACUACUGUUGAUGUUUGGUGCAGCCAUCUUGCGUUCUGAACUUGUGGGUUUAUUCCAGUUGAAAUGUUCUACUUAGAACUUGGAAAUUUCCAGUUCUGAAUUCCUACUUCAGAUGGAAUGCAGUAUAAGGAUUCACAUUAGAGCUCGACCCAACCUGCCCCAUACACUGUCAUUUUGAGCCAAAGCCCGAAUUAAACCUGACAUUUUUUGACCAACCCACUCGUUAGGACUCCCCCUAUCACUAGUAAUGCCCCAACACACCAGGAGGAUGAAGACUAGCACACUCUUUCUCCGAUACAUGUGAAGUCAGCCACCGCUUCUUUUCGAGCUGCUGCUGAUGCAGCAUUGCCAAGCAGCCAGCACAUUUGGAGGAAAGCGCAGCGGCAGGUGAACCCGAGGAACCUGAGGAAAGUGGUGGGAAAUCUCGAGCCAGUGACAUGUUGAACUACACUGCCAGUUUGAGGGAAUGUCAUUGCCAUCCACUGCAAAGGAGGCAAAGGGCGCACGGGUACGAUGGUGUGUACAUGGUUGAUUGACAGCGUUUAGUUUGAGAGUGCGCAGGUGUGGGAAAGGGCAAUGGCAGUGAUCUGAAGGUGCGGAUCAUAGUGAAAAGAGAGCAGGUGUUCCAGUGUGUCUGUGCCACGCAGACGAACUGUAGGCUGUUCCCAGAUACUGAAAACAAUGCCGUGGUGAUCAGCUUUCAGGAAGGGCCAGUGGUUUGUGGUGAUGUUAAGGUCAUGUUUGAAUCCAGGGCUGGUCUUCCAAAGGGGUAUGAGGACUAUCCUUUCUAUUUCUGGUUCAACACUUCAUUUGUAGAGAACAACAGGCUCUAUCUGUCAAGGGAGGAACUGGACAACCCACGUAAGUCCAAAACCUGGGACAUCUACAAGGAGGACUUUGGUGUGACCGUGUCUUUCAGUGACCCUGCACUUAUGUAGCAGACGACACUUGCUUGUGUAUCUCAACUAAAACCCUUAAGCCCUGCACAAGGUCUAAAUCUUUGCUCUAAUGUAGGUUUUCACACACUUAUAAAAGGUGAGUGAUGUUUAGGGAUUGGAUUCGGGCUAUAUAACCUCAACUUUAUGUCCAUCCCCCAUCUUCACUGUAAGAGCUUUUUACUGAGCCGUGCGUUACACCACAAUAUUAUGCAUUUGUUUGUCAAAUGUUUUUUUUGUCUUUAAAUGAAGACAAAUGUUUGUGUCAGUUUAGCAUAUUAAGCCUCCAAAAUGUAAAUCUUACUCUUUAAGCUUGAGUGUACAUCAAAUAAAGCAAUCGAGGCUGCCACUGUGAAAUGGUCAAUGGUUAUGUGUGCAGAAACAUGUUUUUGUAGUACACAUGUAUUGAAAUAAAUAUUAAUGUCUCUGUAACACUUGUCUGUCA